CUGUUCUUGGGCGAGGUCUCUGCGUCAUUCAUACUGCGCUAUUUGAGAACACAGUGCUACCGUAUUCUGUUCUGCUGGUGUCGCCGACUCUGAAUCGGCUAAUAAGCUUUCAAGAUGUCUGCUACCGAUGGCGAUGGAGAUUCUCCCAUGCAAAAGUUUGAAUUGUAUAUCAAGGCAUCUGCCAUUGACAAAGAAACGAAAGGGGCUGAUCCGAUUUGCCAACAGUUCUUCAUGAUAACAUGCUUGCUUGGAGAGAAUCAGGAUGAUAUUGAUUUCAAGGUUUUCACAGUGCAGGCAGAUUGUCCCCCAAAGAAUUUUGCAGCUGGUUGGAGCAAGAAAUACCCUGUGGUGAUGGUGAAUUCGGGUCGUAACAAGUCUGGCCAGGACAUUAGUGGUAUGAUGUAUGACACGUUUGAAGAGCUGGAAACAUUCUUCGAAAGUAUUAACAGAGAGUGCCCGGAGUUGAAGCGGAAAAAUAUACCCAACCAGACUGCCAUGGGAGUGGUGGAAAAUGUCUACAAGUACUUCAACCACUUUAUCUCGGGGCAGGCUGAGAAAGGCCUUGUCACAGAGCUGAAGAAGCUCAACGAAUACCUGGAGGGUCAGGAGACCAAGUUCCUGGUGGACAACGUCCUCUCCUUCGCCGACUGUCACCUCCUGCCCAGGCUCCAGCACAUACGAGUUGCUGGCAAGGUUCCGGAAGAAACAAGCCCUGCUGCUGAUGCUGACGCCGACGCUGAUGCUGUUGCAGACGCUGGUGCCGACGCUGAUGGCGAUGCCCCCAAUGGCGUGUCAGAAGAGGGCUCAGGAGACGCCAACGGUGGCUCAGAGGCUUCAGGGGAAUGAGCUUGUUAUUGUGCUGUCCGUCUAUCAUGUACAGUUUAAAUCUUAUGCCUUUUGACCUGUACUUUCGCUUAAAAAAAAAAAUAAAUAAAGAUAAGGAAAUGAAAGUGGAAACAGAAAGGGAGAGAGCGAUUCUUUAUUAUGAAGAACUUCUUUUGUUAGAUGUUCACAUAGCGGAGAAGACAAUAUCAGGUGCUAACAUUUAGAGGUCUGUCAGAGCUUUUAGAGGGUUUUUUCCAACUCUCUCCUGCGAGUGACCGAUCGUCCUCUUUGUCUUCUUGCAAUGGGUUUGUCAGGAGAAAAACGAGUGACUUUUGAUUUAGGAUUUCGUAGAAGCAUGUAGGGUCCAUCCAUCGAAAAGUACUGUGGUCUGAUUACCAGUUGAUUGGAUACUUGAAUAUUUGAAUGCUGCUCUUUUUCCCCUGAAGCUUUAUUAACAAGAUUUCUUCGUGCUCCUAUGGAUUUUGAUCAUGAGGUAAUCUUAGAAAUUCUUUUUUUUGUAAUAUCAUGAGUUGUGCAAUGUCAAUGUGAAUUAGAUAAUAACAAUUUGGUCACAAGUUGAAUAUAUGACAAUAAAGGUGUAUGAUCAGUUCUUGACAUUGUUGAAACAAUAUGGUGUCUCUCUGGUGGUUUUGAGGGGGGGAAAAUGUUAGGUACACCCUACACCCUUUUUCUCUGUCGCCAUUAUAUGAAGUUCAUCUCAUUUUUUUGUUACCCAAAGUUCAUUUUUCAGUGUUUCGACCAACGUCUAGUUCAGAAAAUACUCUAAUUAUGCUUUGAAGUAUAUCUGGCAGUUAAUUUAUUGGAAUGACUUCUGGAAUCAAAGUAAUUACAAGUCUCUUGAUAAGAAACUGUCUUAUUUAUUCAGACUGUAUUUGAUGAUUGUCUUGUUUAUUUCUUUGUUUCUGUCUGUUCUGCAGGCAGUUGUUUACCAAGAUACCAUCAUUUUUCCUGUUUGUCUGUAGGAAUAAAUUGGACCAAUCACGGCCUAAGUCUUGAUGGAUGAUUGAGACAGUUUUGUAGAGAAAAGUCUUUUGCCUGACUGAUUCCUCUUGCUUUCUCUUCCAUGGAGGUGUUCUUACUUUUACGUUGUUUUUGCCAUUAUUGCAUUUCUGUGACUUAAGUGUGUUGGUCGACCCAAGGUUCUGAGAGAGUAGUCUAGCUGUGUCUUGUCUUGUGUUCCCCCCAAAUGUGCAUCCCAGGUGGGUGCACAAAAUAGCUGGUUGUUGUGGGUUUGAGCUGUUGCUUUGCCCUAGCGUAAGAACCAGUCCAUUCCUGUACCAUAUUUUUGUCUUGGCCAUGUAAUUGGUGACAUGUCAACAGUUUUUAGGCUGACAUAUUGUUGUCUUACGCUGCCUUGUUCAGGCCAAUCGGUUGUUCAUCGUAAAUGUAUUAAAUUUUCCAAAAUGAUGGCACUUGUGCAGAUAACUCCGUGGUGCUGAACGUGUUGAUCUGUGCCACGCGAUGUAGUUCAGAGCUGCUGUGAAGUGCAUUUAUUCUUAUUAAUUGUAUGGCGCAGACACAUUGGUCCUCCCUAGUCUGCCUACAUCUCGGGACGUCUUCUCACUGUGUUUGUCUUGCCGAUCAUUUCACCCUGGUACUGCCCUGUCGCUAGUCAUUGAUGUGCUGACCGCAGCUGGCCAGGUCUGUUCCACAGGAGACAACUCUCAAAGAUAAUUGACAAGUUUCAAAAAUGGGCUGGAAAUGUUUAUGCUUAAUUAAGCUCUCAUGAUAACAACAGAGUUUUCGAAUGAACUGGAGCAGACAUAGGUUUGAGCAUAGUUGGACAUUGCAGUUGUUUUUUUUUAUUGCUGGAUAUUUGUAGCUAAUUUUUAUGGUUUUGUAAGUGCCUGAUAAUAAAUGCUGUUCCUCAUGUUCAAGUCUGUGGGGCUCUCCGUGAUCCCUGCUCUGUUAUGUCCAGAAAAUGUCAAAAGUUUUGAAUUCUGAUUGCAAAUCAAUGGCCAGUUGAUGCUACUUAAAUCUUGACACAGUUAUCUUUUGGAUGUUUUUUUUUUCUUUUUGAUAUAACUUUCUAUAAAAAGGUUGGUCUUUCCAGUGAAGGAAUGAGCAGAGAUGUCAAGAGAAAUUGUUGAUCUCUGAACUUUGUUGGACAAACUCUCUCACCUUUCUGUUCGUCAUUGGACAUGGCGAGGAGCGCAGGGGAAGUCUGUGGACGUAGCACUUUCCUCGGCUCCUGCUUGUCUCGUCGCUUGUUGGCAGAGAACAGUCUGGCAUCUCGGCGUUCCAUAAGAAGGCUCUUGCUUUUCUCAGUUCGUCUCUCCUGGCUUACUGUCCAUUUUUGCACUUCCAUUGACCGUGUGUAUGAGUGUGUGGUGUGUGUGCGUAUGUGGACAGAGCACUUGAGGCAGUGGUAACUGUCAGCAAUAUGGCAUGAAGUGUCAGUUGGGUUGCUAAUUUUUUUUUUUUGUAUGGAAAAACACAAUGUAAUUUUUAAAAUUUGUUAUUGUUACAAGAGACUUGCUAUUCAUCUAUAAACAACUACCUGCAUAAGCAUAUACAUAUAUUGUGUAUCAAAGGGUGUGGUUUCUGUGCCAAAAAAACCGUUAUAUUUCAGUACUUCUGAGUAGAUUAGAACAUCUUUUUUUUUCAGCUUGUGUACUUGAGACAGAAUGUUGAUUCUGUCUUCUUUUUUUUUUUCACUUAACAUUUAUUUCCCUGAAGAUAUCUUUCAUUUUUUGGGCAUAUCUGUUCAUUAUCAUUUUACUUCUUUUUUAUUUUUGGUCUAAGUUUUAGGAGGUGCAAGAAAAAAAAACAACCCCAGCAAACCACAGGAGGUGGGGAACAGGUGUUGAAACAUUUUUUAAUCUGAUUUUUAUAUUUUAAGUUUUGUUAUCGAUUUGAAUGAUUCCAAAGUUUAAGCGGUCCAAAUUUUUCGUCUGCUUUUUUUACUAUGUGUUUGUGUAAUUUUAUUUAUCAAUAUUUUUUUUCAGUGUUCAAAACGUUGCCAUCUUUUAAACUGAAUUUUCCGUGGUUGAAACUUUCCUUCUAGUAGUUUGUGAAAGUUGAUUCCCUGAAGAACAGUUUCUUUAUACUUUGUUCAAAGAUUGAAAGGAUUAGAGGCAAGAUUUCUCACUGGCUUGCUGUCCCAGGUAGAUGCACGCCGCAGUCUUGUACUGUGGUGUUGUUAGUAUUCAGUGCGUGUCUGUCUGUGAGAUAUCACUCUGCUUAUGCUUUAUACACUUAUUCCUCAACUCAAAAUGUGUAUUUUCACUUUUCAAGCUACUAUUUCUUUCUUUUUUUCCCUUUGGUAUAUGAAUUCUAAUCAUGAAUAUAAAAGAAAAAAGAUUUCUCCUUUAAUUUCAACAAUUAAAGAAAUUCAUCGAGACCCGUUGCUCUCCCCCCACCCCCCACCCCCCCACCCCAUGUAGUCAGGUGAAAUCAAUUCUUGUUCUUAGUGAAUACCCUCUGUAUAAUGCCUUCUGAUCUCUAGCGUGUAAGAAUUGUGCAAGGACUCGAUUUGUUAGAGACAAUUGUAUCGCCAUAAUCCAAAGAGGUACAAAGUGUGAAAGGACUGAAAGCUAUGCACAGGAGUUGUUGAGUCAAAUCUUGUCAGCCAUGGAUCAUAGGUUAUUAUCAUGUACCUUGUGUAACCACUUAACGGAGGCUUCAUAUUCAAUAAAAUGUAUUGCAACAACACAGAACUGACAAA